AUGGAAGCAAUUACCUUGAAUCCUGCAUUACUGCAGAAGCUUGCGUCCAAGACGGCCAUCAUUACGGGUGCGGCCGGUGGAAUCGGCUCCGAGACUGCACGACUGUUCGUGGCACAUGGAGCCAACGUAGUGAUUGCAGAUUUGGCGCAGACACGACCAGCCGCCGAAAAAGUGAUUGCCAGUCUCUCCGACCCAUCACGGGCGAUCUUCGUUCCCGCCAACACCCUGGACUGGGAGCAGAUGAAGGCACUGUAUAAGACGGCCAUCGAACGGUUCGGGUCCGUCGAAGUGGUGGUGGCCAACGCGGGAGUCAUGGAAGGUCACCCAGUGCUGGACGCAGACCGAGUCGAUGAGACCGGCGACCCGGUGGAGCCGAAAGAGGCAUACAGGGUUAUCGACAUCAACGUCAAGGGGACAUUGAAUACACUUCUUCUCGCACUGCAUUACAUGAAGGACAAUGCACCUGCUGCUGAUGGCAGCCGGGGCUCCAUCGUGCUCGUCAGCUCGGUGUCGGGAUAUUUCGGUGGCACCGGCGUGGUGGGCUACGUCACCUCCAAACACGGCAUCACUGGCCUGCUUCGGUCCUCCCAAGUCGAGGCGGCAAAGAGGAAUGUCAGGAUCAACGCAAUCGCCCCCUUCGUCACCCCGAGUGCCAUGUCCGCCGGCUUUGCCAAGGAGUAUGUCUCUCGCGGCCUGGAAGCCAAUACUCCUGAAGGAGUGGCUACGGCGAUCGCGGACAUUGCCAUGGACGAGACGAGGCGCGGGGAUUGUUUCAUGACCUGCGGAAAAAUCAUUCGCGAAAUGGAGUCGAGUCUAAAAAGAAUCACUGGAGUCUGGCUAGGCAACGAUGCUGCAGAGACGAUGGCCAAAGCGGGUUCCUUCUUUACCGAUAUAGGCGGCUAUGUUCUACCGAAGUUGGCUGCCAUAUCAGAGGCCAAUAAUAGCUCUUGA